AUGGCUAGCAGCCGCCCACUACUAGUCAACGACGACGACGAUGAAAACAGUAUCCUCGACCUAGAAGAUGGAGGCGAGAAAUCAAUCAAACCAACCCACUCACCAUUCCGAAACUUUCUUUCCUCUUCAAAAGGCUUUCUCUUUUCACUAUUUUUCGCGCUCCUGCCAUCAUUCAUCCAACCCCUUCUACGCCGCCACACAAUCUCAAAACCAGAACCAAGCGUAGCAAAGCCGGAGCGUAAUAAUGCCCUCGAAUACCUAACGGGCGUGAGGGGGGUAGCGUCUGUUAUUGUGUUUAUAUACCAUUGGACUCAUGGGCUGUUCCAUGAUAGUAUGGAUCAUGCGUACGGCGACACCAACACGAACAGUGAUGGAUCGCCGUCCUCAAACUCAGAGUUACAUAACCAUAUCCUGCAACUCCCACCAUUGCGGCUCUUAUACGCCGCCGAGGCAAUGGUAGCGCUGUUCUUCAUCGUCUCCGGCUAUGUGCUCUCGUACCGGCCUAUCCAGGACAUGAACGUUAAGCCAGCAACCAAUAAAAGUACUACCACCCUCUCAUCCCUCGCCUUCCGCCGUUUCCCCCGGCUCUUCCUCCCCGCACUCGCCUUAGUCCUGCUCGCUUUCCUCGCGCAACUAACCGGCGCUCUCAAAACCCCCACCACAACCCUUCUCACCUUCCUCCACAGCUUCCUCAUAACCGGUAUCUGGACUUGGACUACCUUCCCCGAUAACACAUGGUCACUAUCCCCGCACCUCUGGACCGUCCCCACGGAAUUCCGCUGCAGUAUGGUGCUGUUCGCCCUGCUACUUACAGUGAGCCAACGCACGUUGCUUGUACGAUUCGGGAUAGAAGUUGGGGUAGUGGGCUGGUGUAUGGGGGCUGGAAGGUGGGACGUAGCGCUUUUCGUGGCGGGUGCUGUGAUGGCUGAACUGAGGGUACGACGGGAGGUGCGUUUGCAAGCCCGGGAAAUGGAAAGGACGGGGGAGGAGGAGAAUAGAAAUUGGCAGUGUACCAUGUGGAAAUCCAUACGCACCACAGCCCUCCUCUCCACCCUCAUCACUGGCCUCCUCCUCGCCUGCUACCCACCUAUCCCUCCUUCCCUAGACACCCCAAUCUUCGGCCCGCUCUCACAUCUCACCAGCUCCCGCUCAGAAUCCCGGCGCACCAUCUACGCCAUUUCCGCGCUCCUGAUCCUCUCCUCACUGGACAACCUCCCAGGACUCCAGAAAAUCUUCAAUACGCGCAUAGUGCAGUAUAUGGGACGGAUUUCGUAUGCGCUGUACUUGGUGCACGGAUUGCUGAUUAGGGUUGUGGGACAGAGGGUUUUGGAUGGGGUGUGGAAGGCUGCAGCAGGAGGGGGAUGGGGUGCUGGAGAUGGAGUGAAAUUUGGGAUUGCGAGUGCGGUGGUUGUGCCGGUUGUGGUGUGGGGGGCUGAUUUGUUUGAGAGGGGGGUUGAGAGGAGGUGCGUGGUGUGGGCUAGGCGUUUAUAA